AUGGCAACAAGUCCAUCGCCGCAGCUAUCACCCACCAUGGGCUUGAGAGUCGACAGACAGCAGUCUAACUCCCCGCCACAGCAACAGCUUUCGAAAAGAGACAAGAAACGCACUUUACUCGCCGAACGCCUGGCUGAAAUCACGAUGCAGUUCUCCGCAAACCGAGACCUUCAUUACCGCGAGCAGUUGCAGGCUCUGCAAAUCGACAUGAACCUCAUUAUGGAGGCCGACGCUCAUGGCGAAACCGCACUGACGAACGAUCCAAAUGCGAUUGACUUGCUGGUUCAAGAAAACAUUAAAAAAUCUAUGAUGAAGUCCAUUGGACCGAACCCUCCUCCGAGAGCUGGGAAGAUGUAUGCGGAUUUUGCGAAGAACGUCAAUGAUGCUAUGGAGGAGAGAGAUGCAGCGCUGGCAACCCAUAAAAGGGACUUCGAUGUCAAAUUGGGCGAACUCGAAGCAGCGCAUGCGUACAGACAGAAGCUUGCUGCCUCCGAAUAUAAAGCAUUGGCCAGCACUCUCCGCGAUCGAUUGAUCAAUAGCGUCACGAACAAAAAAAAUCGGCUCUCAAGGGACAAGGAGUCAAUGGAAAUUGGCGAAAGCAAUGCCCUUCUUCUACAUCCCAGCCAGUUCGGCAUUGCGAAUCCUUCCAGCCCGGGGGGACUUCAUGGAAAGAGGGCCACGAGACUUCGCCGAGACGCAGACGACCUUCAUAGUUUUGGAGAUAGUAGCAAGCGCAAGCGUAAGGCUAUGGAUAGCGAUGAGUCUCCAGCUCCUACUCGGCAGCGGGUCGACAAUGGCAACAGCACACCUAUUUGGUUUGCAGAGAAACAAAGCCUAACAUCCGCCCAAAUCGAUUCGUCACUGUAUAGCAUUGACAAGCUUUUCACCGAGAAAGAGCUGGCUAUGACCUAUAAUGUGUCCGCUUUGGCUGCACAUUCGCAUCUGCAACGACAUCCACCUUUCAUAGACGAGGCGGAUUCUGCAACCAAAUCCGACUCCAGCUCUGAGAACGAAAAAGCAAGCGGGGCAAAUGAACAGGACAAUGAGGAUGUGGAGUCUACGAUGGGAGCUCCAAUGAUGGAGAGGGGAUACUCGCACGCAACUCGCAGCACACGAGGCCUAGCUGGAAACUAUUCCACAGGUAUUGGGAUUGAUGCUUUCAACGACCUCAAUGUUCCGGGCAACAUGCAGGCUCUUACACGACAAACCCCCAAGUUACCCCCGAUCCUAGCUAUGCAGAAGACAAUCGGAAAGGGCGAGGCUGCAAAUCAGCCAGCUCCUAUGAGUGCCGAAGACGCAGCUUCGGAAUUGGACAUGAUCCGGCGAGCCCGAUCGUACAACGACAAGGAAGGCUACGGACGGAACUUGGAGUUAGAUGUUGGUGGCAGGAGCCUCUUGGAGAUGGCCUCCGCACCCAGGCUCUAUCACUAUUUUGUCAAGUCUGAUGACAAGUCUUCGUAUUUGAGGACGACUAAUGAACGGGAUGACGACGGCGCUGUUGGGGGAGAGAUGAUGGAGCAUCAGCAGAGUCAAGCCGCAAGUGAAUUCGGUGGUGUUGCGAUGAGCCGUCAAGCAACUGGUGAGGGUCAGAGUAGCCGGGGAAGAAGAAUUAAGCAUAAAGGCGAUUAA